UUACUAUUUGCUCCUGGGUUGGACUCUUUGCCCUAGCUAAAUUAAUGCUACAACAACUCUGAUCAGCAGGAUUUUCAUAUCUUACAUACCUGUCUACUAACUAUCAAGUUCCUUAAUAGCACGUCUUUAACAACACAAAUAUCACUUACGAAUCUUCUCACCUCCCGGAAGACUCCUUCUCCAGUUAUCAGUCGACCAUACCAUAUAGCGAAAUUCAAAGUCCUCGCCUCUGACCCUAUGGUAUGCGACCGAUCCGCUAGCAAUCCUGAAGGUGCGGAAGAGCAAUUAGUUUGACGGCCAUUUCCUCCGAAUUCAUCGAUAUUUAUUAUUUUGGGGAUAUGAUCAUAAAUGACUUAUCCCGAAAGCAGUAUGCGGGGAGGUGAAGGCCUAUUACUUCCACAAUACCCAGGCGAUGACACUCGCCCGACAAGUAGGAAGGAAAUUGCGGGGUGGUAUAGCUAUGGCUGGGCAGCUGAGGUUUUCACAGUAUGUGCUAUGGGGUCUUUCCUCCCUAUUACACUAGAGCAAAUGGCUCGAGAUCGUGGCGUUCUCCUAUCCGACAAAGUGACUCCGUGCCGGGCAACAUGGAAAGGUCCGCAACAGUUAUCGCCACAUGAGACCGUGGACCAAAGCGCCAUCAAUAUGUUGUACCAGGGCCGUGAUAUACUGGGCGCAAGCCAGUGUGUUGUUUACAUUUUUGGCGUUGAGAUUAACACUGCUAGCUUCGCCAUGUAUACAUUCUCGGUGAGUGUCUUAGUCCAAGCCGUCCUGAUAAUAUCUAUGUCAGGUGCUGCAGACCACGGGAGUUACCGUAAACUCUUUCUGCUGAUUUUCGCCGUUGUCGGUUCCAUUUCUACAAUGUUAUUUCUCUCAGUUGUACCAAAAGUUUAUCUUCUUGGGGCUCUGUUUGCGGUUAUAGCAAAUACCUGUUUUGGUGCAUCAUUUGUACUCUUGAAUUCAUUUUUACCGCUUAUAGUUCGUCAUCAUCCAUCUUUACUUGGAGGCAAUGAUGGAAUAUCCCGUCAAGGCUUACUAGAGGAUAAUGCCUUAGACAACACUCGCAACCAUGCCAAUGAGGCCACGACGCCUUUACUCUAUGCAAACCAAGUCGAUAAUAGAACGGCCGUGGCGGAUGCGGCCCCCGUGUCUCUUAAGGGGGCGUCGCAAGAGCUAGAGCUCUCUACGAUGAUCUCUUCAUAUGGAAUUGGAAUUGGUUAUAUUGGCGCUGUACUACUACAGAUACUCUGUAUCUUGGUUGUUAUCGGCACGCAUCAAACAACAUUCUCCCUGAGACUUGUCCUCUUUUUGAUUGGAUUGUGGUGGCUUGUUUUUACGAUCCCGGCAGCACUUUGGCUACGGCCUCGUCCUGGUCCACCGUUACCGUGUGCCCAAGACGGAAGACAACAUCGUUCAUGGCCUGGCUACAUUCUUUAUGCUUGGAAAGCACUAGGCCGGACAGUAGUUCGGACACGUCGUUUAAAGGAUAUCCUGUUGUUCCUUGCGUCAUGGUUUCUUCUCAGCGACGGAAUUGCCACUGUCAGUGGCACGGCCGUGCUUUUUGCCAAAACCCAGCUGGAUAUGCAGCCUGCCGCACUGGGUAUGAUUAACGUGGUAGCAAUGCUUGCCGGGGUCUUUGGUGCAUUUUCCUGGAGUUACAUAUCGCGGGCGCUCAAUCUUCGCGCAUCACAAACUAUUAUUGCAUGCAUUGUCUUAUUCGAACUCGUCCCGCUCUAUGGGAUUCUCGGGUUUAUUCCUGCAAUCAGAGAUCUUGGAUAUCUUGGUCUCCAACAGCCAUGGGAGAUGUUUCCCCUCAGUGUCGUGUAUGGGCUGGUUAUGGGUGGACUAUCUUCUUAUUGCCGGAGCUUUUUUGGGGAGUUGAUACCACCCGGAUACGAAGCAGCUUUUUACGCCCUUUACGCUAUCACUGAUAAGGGUUCGAGCAUAUUUGGCCCAGCUAUCGUUGGCAUGAUCACAGACCGCUACGGAGAGAUUAGACCUGCAUUUGUCUUUCUUGCGAUUUUGAUAAUACUUCCACUACCGCUCAUGCUUCUUGUGGAUGUGGACCGAGGAAAACGGGACGCACUUGCAUUAUCAGCUGAACUGGAGGGUAGCCAAAAGUCCUGCGCGCCUAGAUAUGGGUCGGUUUCUUGUGGUCGACAUGAUAAUGAAGAUGCCGCCGCGCAGAGUGGGUGAUGACGAGUUACACAAUUUCCUGGCAGGCUACUACAUUGGAAUACUAUAAUUAUCUUCCUACCUAAUUGAAUGUACUCCGAGCAAUUUACACCCACUCCCGUCUGUUUUAGAUAGCCACCACUUGUCCAGGAGCCCGAUAAAGAAAGUUUUUGCAGAAUACAAUCGGCAUUGAGACCUUUGAUAAAAGGAAACAGCAAACGGGAAGGAGCUAGCAUGUGC